AUGUCAUCAUGGACUCAAAAUUGGAGGGAUACUCCCGACAAAACGCCAAAGUUGACCGGGCGAGUGCACGUCCUUGGUGUUGGUAAUGUUGGAACAUUCGUUGCGCAUGCCCUAGCUUCCCGACAGAAUCCGCCGCCUAUAACAUUACUCUUUCACCACUCUGGGUUCUAUGAGGAAUUCCGCAAGAAGAAGAAAAGUCUAUCUAUAACGUACAACGGUCUGGAGAAUACCCAGAAAGGAUUUGAUGUCGAGUUCCUCAGCAAUGGUGUAUGGCAAUCAGAUCGGGUGGACGAAGACACACAAACGGAUGGGCCAAUCGAGUGUUUAAUUUUAUGUUCCAAGGCAACAAAGGCAACAAAGGCUAUCCAACAAGUGAGCCACCGCUUGAAUUCAGAUUCAAGUGUUGUCCUGAUGCAAAACGGAAUGGGAAUUAUCGAAACACUUAACGAGAGGGUGUUUCCAGACCCGAAUAACCGCCCCCAUUACAUUCACUGUGUCAACAGUCAUGCUCUUACCAGGCUUCAGAAUUUCAGUAUCAACUACAAUGCCGUUGGUACAAUGUCUCUCAGUCCAGAGGUCAACAGCAAGACUCAUUUAGUCGACGCGGAUAUCGACACCCACUGGGCGCCGUCAACAAAAUAUCUGCUACGCCUCCUCACUCUCACUCCAUCUCUAGUCGCGACCACUGAAACGCCCGCUGGAAUGCUACAAAUCCGACUUGAAAAGCUUGCCAUAAAUUGUAUCAUAAAUCCGCUAACUGCGAUCAAUGACUGCAAGAAUGGCGAGCUUCUUUACAACUUUAGCUGCACUCGUGUCAUGCGAUUGCUUCUAUUUGAAAUCUCAAGUGUUAUUUGCGCUCUUCCAGAAUUACAAGGCGUUCCGGGCAUUCAGGAUCGCUUUUCCCCAGAACGUCUCCGUCGGCUGGUGACAGGACUUGCCACCACCACCGCCGCCAACACCAGCUCAAUGCUGUCCGAUGUUCGUUCCGGCAAGCAAACUGAGGUUCAUUUUAUAAAUGGUUGGAUUGUGGAUCGCGGCGAGGAGCUGGGCAUUAAAUGUGCCCUAAACUAUAUGCUAAUGCAUUUGGUUAAAUCGAAACUUGCCGUCAAUACACGCAAUAUUGCUGGUGAAGUCCCAAUUGACAAUAGCAAGGAUGUUGAGGGAGUGGAUGACGAUUCCAAAAUGCAGGUGAAAUUUAGUAAGGAAUGGGUUUAA